GUUCAAAACAAACAACAAACCCAUGCCGAGAUCGUGGAAUCCGUGGAUUCGGUGUUAUCAUUAAAUUAGUUAAAAUGCCGGUAGAACGCGCAAGUAAGCGUAAAUCAAACGGCGGACUCAGCUGGAAGAGCAAAAUAAUCCGCCAGUUCGUCAACGGCUGGAUCGAGAGUGACAACGUCGACGGGACGGAAUGUCCCGCCAAAGUUGAGGUCAAACCGUCGUACAACUACCCAAAUUUUGUCAAAUCCAGCGAGGAAAAACCCGCGGCCGCCGUAACCGACCCGGGGUUGGACAAGCGAACCGUGCGGCGAAUCGAGGACGUCAUCGCUUACUUCUACGGCGAGGACAGGGUUUCGCUCAAGUUGAGCUUCGAACAGGCGGGACUGCUUCUGGAGACCCAUUACGAUGAGGUGGGGCAGGUGUUCCGGUACACGGUGAACGAGCAUGAGAUUUGUAGGGCGACUGGUCCGCAGCAGGAGGCGCACACGAAGGCGCGGGACGAGUUGGUGCGGAUUUUGGGCUAUUAUUGCUACUCGGUGAGGCGGUUGAAGGAGUUUCACACACGAAGGAACGUGUUCCGGAAGAUGACCGAGGGUGGGAAGCAGAAAUUUAAGGACCACAAGAUUGAGGAGGGGAAUAUCGGGUUCAGGAUGCUGCAGAAGCAGGGCUGGAGUGGUGGAUCGUUGGGAAGUAGCGAGGAGGGCAUUUUGGAACCGAUUGGAGUGCAGAAGAAGAACAACAAGGUUGGAUUGGGGGCGGAAAGUUCGGAGCCGCAGAAGAUACCGCUGGAGGCGUUCAUGUUGGCCAUUAAGCAGUACGCGGCGGGAAAUGCGCUGUACGAUUUGGUGUUUAGUCCGCAGUUUACCGUGCAUCAGGUGCAGAAGUUGAGAGAUUUGGCAUCAUCGCUGAAACUCUUCCCCCAGAUGAUUGGCAAGAAAAAGCAGCUCGUCAUAAGCAAGAAGCUUACGCUGCUUGAAAUCAAGGAAGGAGUCCUGAAGGGACACUCGGAUUUGUGUGCAAAAUACACUGUAAUCCCACCGAUUAGUCAGAGAUUUAAAUAAAUAUCUUCCGUCACAACUAA